UGCCCCAGAGCUGCCCAAGCCUGCUCACUCAGCUGCCAUGGCCGGGAGGAUCUGUGAGCUGGCGCUGCUCCUGCUGGGGCUGGCACUGGGGUCCCAGGAGGCCCUACCCCCACCCUGUGAGAGCCAGAUUUAUUGCUUUGGGGAGCUGCUGCACCAGGUUCAGAUGGCCAAGCUCUACCCAGAUGACAAGGAGUUUGUUGACAUGCCGCUGUCCACCGCUCCAGACCAGGUGCUGCGGAACUUCGACAGGCUGGUGGAGGCCCACAAUUACAGCAUCCCCAGGGAGCAGCUGCAGGCCUUCGUCCACCAGCACUUCCAGGCCAAGGGGCAGGAGCUGCAGGCCUGGACGCCUGGAGACUGGAAAGACAGCCCCAAGUUCCUGCAGAAGAUCUCGGACCCCAAGUUGCGUGCCUGGGCAGGACAGCUGAACCAGAUCUGGAAGAAGCUGGGGAAGAAGAUGAAGCCAGAGGUUCUCAGCCACCCUGAGCGGUUCUCCCUAAUCUACUCGAAACAGCCCUUCAUUGUGCCUGGGGGGCGCUUUGUGGAAUUCUAUUAUUGGGACUCGUACUGGGUGAUGGAGGGUCUGCUGCUCUCGGAGAUGGCGGAGACGGUGAAAGGCAUGCUGCAGAACUUUCUGGACCUGGUGCAGACCUACGGGCACAUCCCCAACGGCGGGCGCGUGUACUACCUGCAGCGGAGCCAGCCCCCCCUCCUCACCCUCAUGAUGCAUCUCUACUUGACGCACACUGGCGACAUCGCCUUCCUGCGGGAGAACAUCGAGACCCUGGCCUUGGAACUGAACUUCUGGGCUCAGAACAGGAGCAUCUCUGUGGACAUAGAGGGACAGAGCUAUGUCCUGAAUCGCUAUUAUGUCCCUUAUGGGGGCCCCAGGCCUGAGUCCUACAGCAAAGACACAGAGCUGGCAGACACCUUGCCGGAAGCGGCCCGGGAGCUUCUGUGGGCCGAGCUCAAGGCAGGGGCUGAGUCUGGCUGGGACUUCUCUUCACGAUGGCUGGUCGGAGGCCCAAACCCCAACGCGCUGAGCAGCAUCCGAACCAGCAGACUGGUGCCAGUUGACCUGAAUGCCUUCCUGUGUCAGGCAGAGGCGCUGAUGAGCACCUUCUACACUACACUGGGGGAGCAAGCCCAGGCUGCCAAGUACAGAAACCUACACGCACAGCGCGAGGCCGCCCUGAGGGCCGUCCUGUGGGAUGAGGAGAAAGGUGCCUGGUUCGACUAUGACAUCGAGAACAGGAAGAAGAACCAUGAGUUCUACCCGUCCAACCUCACGCCACUCUGGGCCGGUUGCUUCUCUGACCCUGGUGACGUGGACAAGGCACUGAAGUACCUGGAGGACAACCAGAUCCUGAACUACCAGCAUGGGAUCCCCACCUCCCUCCGGAACACAGGCCAGCAGUGGGACUUCCCCAACGCCUGGGCCCCCCUGCAGGACCUGAUCAUCAGAGGCCUGGCCAAGUCGUCUUCACCUCGGACCCAGCAAGUGGCUUUCCAGCUGGCCCAGAACUGGAUCCGAACUAACUUUGACGUCUACUCCCAAAAGUCAGCCAUGUAUGAGAAGUACGACAUCAGUAGCGGCGGACAGCCAGGUGGUGGAGGGGAGUAUGAAGUUCAGGAGGGAUUCGGCUGGACCAAUGGUGUGGUGCUGAUACUCCUAGACCGCUAUGGUGACCAACUAACCUCGGGGACCUCGUUGGCUUCCCUGGCACCCCACUGCCUGGGGGUUGUCCUCCUGCUCAGCCUCCUAUCUUGGUGAUGCCCCUGCCAUUUGUCUCACUUCCUGUCUGGCCCAGCUCCUGCCCAUUAAACCUCUGCACAGUCCCUGCCUCUUCUGCCUCUUGCACCCCUAGUUUGUUCUGUUU